AUGUUGGACUCAGUCACUCACAGCACCUUUCUGCCAAACACAAUGAUCUGCGAGCCCCUGAUGUCUUGGACAGAAUUGUUUGGGACAACUGAGGACUAUUAUCCCACCUUUGAUCAUCAGACAGUUGGCGAUUCUUGCUGGACAUCUAUUCACCCGGAAUACUGGAGUAAACACAAUGUCUGUGAGUGGCUGCAGUUUUGCUGUGACCAAUACAAGCUAGACGCCAACUGCAUCUCCUUUUCCCACUUUAAUAUUAAUGGCUUGCAGCUAUGCAGCAUGACCCAGGAGGAGUUCACAGAUGCUGCCGGCGUUUGUGGCGAAUACCUUUAUUUCAUCUUACAGAACAUCAAGAUACAUGGCAUUUCCUUUUUUACUGACACCGAAGAAACCAAGCCAACUAUCAAAGAUUACAAUGAUAAGGCAUGCCUGAGAACAGGGGGCUCAAAGAGUCAAGAAUGUCACAGCCACGGGAGAACAAGCCUGCAGAGUUCUCACUUGUGGGAAUUUGUAAGAGACCUCCUCCUGUCUCCAGAAGAAAACUGUGGCAUUCUCGAUUGGGAGGAUAGAGAACAAGGCAUCUUUCGGGUUGUUAAGUCAGAAGCCCUGGCAAAGAUGUGGGGACAAAGAAAGCGAAAUGACAGAAUGACAUAUGAAAAGCUGAGCAGAGCUCUCCGGUAUUAUUAUAAAACUGGAAUUUUGGAACGCAUAGACAGAAGGCUAGUGUACAAGUUUGGAAAGAACGCCCAUGGGUGGCAGGAGAACAAGCUAUGA